GUGCUGGGGGGUAUCGGUGAGGCGGGGUUGGGGGUGUCGCCGGCGGUGCCGGUGUCAGCGCGGGGUGCUAUCAUGGCGGUGAACUACAGCGCGAAGGAGGAGGCGGACGGGCACCCCUCGGGCGGCGUCGGGGUGCCGGGCGGCGGCGGUGGGGCGGUGGGCGGCGGCGGCGGCGGGGGUGCGGUGAAGACCCGCAAGCCCGAUAACACGGCGUUCAAGCAGCAGCGGCUGCCGGCCUGGCAGCCCAUCCUGACGGCGGGCACGGUGCUGCCGGCCUUCUUCAUCAUCGGCCUCAUCUUCAUCCCCAUCGGCAUCGGCAUCUUCGUUACCUCCAACAACAUCCGGGAGUACGAGAUUGACUAUACAGGAACAGAGCCUUCUAGUCCCUGCAACAAAUGUUUAAAUGUGUCCUGGGACAGCACACCACCUUGUACUUGCACCAUCAAUUUCACACUGGAACAUUCAUUUGAGAGCAAUGUAUUCAUGUAUUAUGGACUUUCCAACUUCUAUCAAAACCAUCGUCGUUAUGUGAAAUCUCGAGAUGACAGCCAGCUAAAUGGAGAUAACAGUUCCCUACUUAAUCCAAGUAAGGAAUGUGAGCCUUACCGCACGAAUGAGGACAAACCCAUUGCUCCUUGUGGAGCUAUUGCCAAUAGUAUGUUUAAUGAUACAUUGGAAUUAUACCGCAUUGAUAAUGACACAAGGACUCCUAUUACUUUGAUUAAAAAAGGCAUUGCGUGGUGGACAGAUAAAAAUGUAAAGUUCAGGAAUCCCACAGGAGAUGGAAACAACUUAACUGCACUUUUCCAAGGCACAACAAAGCCUGUGAACUGGCCCAAGCCAGUGUAUAUGCUGGACUCGGAGCCUGACAACAAUGGCUUUAUCAAUGAAGACUUCAUUGUGUGGAUGCGUACUGCUGCUCUGCCAACAUUCCGCAAGCUGUAUCGUCUCAUUGAAAGGAAGAAUAACUUACAGCCUACCUUACAGGCUGGAAGAUAUUCUUUGGAUAUUGCAUACAAUUACCCUGUACACAGUUUUGAUGGACGAAAAAGAAUGAUCCUGAGCACCAUCUCGUGGAUGGGAGGCAAAAAUCCUUUUCUGGGAAUUGCUUACAUCACUGUUGGGUCCAUAUGCUUCUUCCUAGGAGUUGUAUUGCUGAUCAUCCAUCACAAAUAUGGAAAUCGAAACACUAGUGCAGACAUUCCCAAUUAAUCUCGCAUUCUGAAAACAAAUGUACUGCAUGUGCAUCAAGGCCAGUCCAGAAUGGACCCAGUUUUUGAAAGAUAAAUCUCUGCUUCUGUCACUUCUGAGACUGGGUACAUAGUUUUGAUCUAAAGCUCCCCUUUCCCAUACCGUGGAUUAACUCUUGAAAAUGACGGGUAUACAAUUAGCUGUAUUGAUUGUAUCUCUGCCUAUGUCAGAAAUAAUUUUUUUUUCUGAUAUUUGCCUCUAACUAGGCAGGCCACACGAUGCAUAUAGCUCCUGUUCCCUUGAUGCAUCUGCUGCUUGUUCAUGUGCUGUGUGAUGUCGGUAUGAUUCAGUACCUAUAGAUUGUGUGGAGAAAGACUGUUGUAAGAUACUGUAAACUUUCCGGAAUUCAGAUAUCAGCGCUGUUGAAAGGAAAAGUCAAGUCUUAAAUGUUUUUUCAAUUUACUGUCUUGUGUGCAUGGGCUCCUACAUUUCUUGCUGAGAUUUUAAUAUAUUUAUAUAAGUUGUUAAAUAUUUUUCCUGUGUCCUGCCCACUUCUGUUGUGUUAAAGGAUUUAAGUGCUGUGUAAAUUUCAGCGCUCUGGAUUCUUUGUAUAUUUACAAUAUAUGUGCCUGGCCAGUAAACUAGCAUCCUAUGAAGAUAUCAGAGAACCUACUUGUUAAUUAUCUGCGUGAGUCCCUUUUAAAGUUUGUUCUAAAUUGGGAAAUGUUUCUUGCAGGUAGAACCUACUUUUUUUCUAAUUUUCUUUGCUUUAAGUCAUAUCCAAUACUAGUUUACCUCUUGUGCUUGCUGGUUUUGCUUUUCAUGAGCAGCUCCAAGCGUUAAUUAAAAAGAACCUAAAAUGUUUUUUCUGUUCACAAAUUUGGGUGAAUUCCUUUUAUUGGAGGAGUUUCUUAAAUUUCUUGAGGCAUACGUAUUCGGAGCAGGCUUUGUUGUAAAGGAAUUAUCAUACACUUUUUCCUUAUUUGGAGUGAACACCACAUUAAUUUUUUGCGGUGUUAGGAUAGUAAACUAUAGAAAUUCAAAAGUUGAGAUGGAAGUAACCUUUUUUCACUGAAAUGCAGGUUGAGCUUGCUGUGAAACCUAAUUUAAAUCCUGCAGUUAGAAGCAAUGGGUGGGUUAGUGUCUUAAAUCAAAUUACAGAAGGGUUCACUUUUAGGUUAAUUAAAAGUUAAGUGCAACCUGUAAAAUAUUACUUUUUGGUGACUUUUUUUAGAUGAUGCACAGAAAUUGUAAUGUAUAUCGUGGAGAUCACUUUAUAUGCAACUAGCUUGAUAAAGUAUUGAGUAUAUUAAAAAAGACCUAAUACA